AUGUCUAGCACAAUGGUGGUGAAGAAAGAAGUCCUGGGUGCAUUUACUAUUCCUUGCACUAUUGGGGUGUACAAAUUCAAAAAAACAUUUUGUGAUCUUGGAGCAAGUAUUAAUUUGAUGCCAUUUGCCAUAUUUCAAAAGUUAGGCUUAGGUGGUCCUAACCCUACCACUAUGAGGCUUCUAAUAGCCAAUUAUUCAAUAAAAAGUCCCAUUGGUGUGUUGUAUGAUGUUUUGAUGAAAGUUGACCGGUUUAUCUUUCUGGCUGAAUUUGUUAUUCUUUAUUAUGAGAUUCAUCAUGAGGUCCCAAUCAUUCUUCGUAGACCAUUCUUGGCUACCGAAAGGACUUUAGUGGAUGUGGAAUGUGGGGAGAUAAAAUUUUGGGUGAACAAUGAAGAAGUAUUCUUCAAUGUGUGCAAGUACAUGAAGCAUCGAUGA